AUGUCACAAUGUCACAGUGUUCGGAUAUUUGCUUCACUUUCUUCACUUUCCCUUUUCAUCGCUAUCGUCUCAUCGCUUCCCCUUCCACAAUCGACUUUCAUGUUGCAUGAUUUAAACGGUGAUGGCAGUCUCUCAAAAGCCGAAUUUUCUCGUUUCUGGAUUCUUCAACCGAGUCGUACAAAUGACGAAAAAGGAGACUAUUACGGGAAAAUUUAUGAGGAUUAUGACACGAAUUUCGACUUGAAACUGGAUGAGACCGAGUUGAGAAAGAUGUUGGCUAUAAGAUUUCAUUUGAAAGGAAAACAUAGCGCUUUAAAUGCUUUUGAUUUAAAUGGUGAUCAAGGAUUGAACGUUUUCGAAUUUAUCAAUUUUGAGCGAAAUUUCCCUUUUCAAUCGCUGAAGGCAAUCGAGAAAAUUGAAGCCGAUUUAAUUGAUGAGAUUGAAGCAAUUGACGCGGAAAUUAAUCACGAUUUGAAAGAAGUCGAACAGCUCAAGCAAUUGCCCACAAAAGUCCCGUUAAAGAAAGUGAAGAUGGUGAAAAAGCACGAAAAGCUUCCAAUGAGCAAGCCGAGAGCUAGAAGCGCGAAAUCACAACGUGAAGUGGUUUCCCGUUUGAUCCCACUUCCAAAUGAUCCCGAAGAAUUGAGGCCAAUGCUACGCGGAUCACAUCGACCAUUGAUUACUGUAUUU